CUUGUUCUCUGUAGGAGUGUGUGAUGAUCUUCAAACGAAUUUCAUUUGAAUUUAUUAAACGGUUAGGAUCGCAAGUGUGCGUAUAUAUCAUCUGUUGAAUGGUCUAAAAAUAUAUAUUCCUUCUCAGCAUAUAAAAACUAAAGUGAAUAGAACCCGAACAUCGCCAUCAGAAAAAGACGUACGCGAGCAUCUUUUCUUCAGUUUCCACCGCUGCGGUGCAACAAAUAAACAAGCGCAACACAGGUGAAAGGGAAAUCCUUUUCGAUUCCUUACUUCAACGACAAUAACAAUCAGCGAAAUGUCUUCCGCCGGCAGUGAUAAAUCCGAUCGUUGUGCCGUGUGUCAGGUGCCAGCCACUUUGACUUGCUCGGCAUGCAAAAGUGUUAAGUAUUGUGGCAAAGAUCAUCAGCGUGAACAUUGGCAGGAACACAAAGUAGAAUGCGAAAGCUCGUAUAGAAUUGAAAAUGACGCAAUUUUGGGUCGCCACCUUUUGGUUACGCGCGACAUACAAGCCGGCAAUGUUAUCUUCGAGGAGAAGCCAUUGGUGGUGGGGCCCAAGUGGUUUGUUUCGGAGCGAGAACAGGAGGUGCCCGUUAUGCCCUGUGUGGGUUGUUAUACACCCUGUCGCAUUGGCGGUUUCAGCUGCACCAAGUGCCAGUGGCCUUGUUGUUCACCCCAUUGUGAAGAUAUUGAAAAUCCCAAUAGCCAUGGCAUAGAUUGUGAGAUCUUAAGAUUGGGCCCUGGACCAAAAACAACAAGUGACAUCAAAGCCAUGACCGACUACUACAGGCCGGAUGCUCUGCUGGUAUUGAAAUGUCUGCUGUUGCAAAAGCAAAAUCCCAAAAAGUGGAAGAAGCUAAUGAAGAUGCAGAGCCAUGAAGAGGACCGCGAAGGAUCAGAGCUGCAAGAAGAUGCCGAAAAGCGUGUCGUCACAUAUUUGAUGAAGAACUUUUUGGAACCGCUCAAAAAGAGGGAGGAAACGUCCAAAGAAAAGCUGCUCGAGCAAUACGAUGCAAAAAUCCUGCGUCGCAUUUGUGGCAUCAUAGAAACCAAUUAUAUGGUCAUUAGCCUUUCAACGGGUCUGGAUCUGAGUGGGGUCUUCUUUACCGCCUGCAUGAUGGAACAUUCGUGCAUGCCCAACAGUUAUUUCCAAUUUAAUGAAUGUGAUGGCUGUAGUAUUUCCGUUAUUGCGGGACGAGACAUCAAGGAGGGGGAGCACAUCAAAAUCAUGUACACCAAUAUGUUGUGGGCCACCCAAAUGAGGCUGGAACACUUGCAGAUCACCAAACAUUUCAAGUGUCAUUGCGAACGUUGUACAGAUCCCACGGAAUUGGGUAGCUAUUUCAGUGCCCUAAAGUGUGCCGGCGAUGUGAAUACAAAAUGUGAUGGUGGCAUUCAGUUGCCCAAGGAUCCAUUGGAUAAGAAAACCGAUUGGAUAUGUAAUAAAUGUCCCAUGGUUGUCAAUGGCGAACAGGUUGGUUAUCUUCUAACACAAAUGACGGAGGAGGUGAAAACCCUGAUGGCCCGUCGUCCCACAGUCAAACAAGUCGAGAGUCUCAUUGAGAAAUUGGGUACAUUUUUGCAUCCCAAUCAUUAUCACAUGUUCAGCUUGAAACAUUGUCUCAUCCAGCUGUAUGGCAACGAAAUGGGUUACAAAUCGGAGCAGAUGUCCAGCAGCCAAUUGCAAAAGAAAUUGAAAAUGUGUGAAGACUUGUAUGACAUCUGUCAGAAGCUUGAUCCGGCCACAAUACGUCUGUCCAUCUAUGUGGCCAUUAUAUUUCAUGAAAUGCAUACCGUCUACAUGGAACAGGGUCGACGUAUGCUAGACGAUGAUAAAAUCCAAGCAUUGGAACUGUUCACCAAUGCCAAAGAAUCGCUGGAGAAGGCCGAAGAGGUGUUGGAAAAAGAACUCGAUGGUGUGGCGGGCAAUAAACUGAACGACCACAUACUGAGGGCAAUGAAAAAUGUCAAAUUUUAUAUGGAAAAUAUGUGCUCCUGAAAGAGAACCAAACCGCGAAAAAAAAACAAAAUCACACGCUUGCCCCUGCUGUUGAGAGAAGGUUGUGGUGGAAGAGUAAAGAGUGUUAAAGCGGCUGCGACAGCUGGUUUUUUUUUUUUUUGUUUUGGGUUGAGAACUUCUAUUUAUUAUUAAAUAAUUAUAAUAAUAUAGGUUUAUAUAUUUAUAUUUAUAAUAAUAUUCUAUUACUAUUAUAAAAGAAAAUAAUUAUGAUGAUGAU